AUGGGUUUUCUAUUGCUUGUGUCCCUAGGUUUACUGUCGCUUGCGUCCAUUGGUUAUCUGGCUCUUGUUGCCAUUGGUACUCGGUGCAACCCUGCCAUUGGUUCUGUGGCUCUUCCCGCGGUUGGUAUUCGGUCCCUUGCGUCCAUUGGUUCUGUGGCUCCUGUUGCCAUUGAUGUUCGGUCUGUUGUGUCCAUUGGUUGCCUGGCUGCUGCUGCCAUUGAUAUUUCGUCUGUUGUGUCCAUUGGUUGUCUAGCUGCUGCUGCCAUUGAUGUUCGGUCUGUUGUGUCCAUUGGUUGUCUGGCUGAUGAUGCCAUUGAUGUUCGGUAUGUUGCGUCCAUUGGUUCUCUGGCUCAUGUUGCCAUUGGUUUUCGGUCGCUUGCUUCGGUUCCUCUUAUGUCGCUUUUGUCCCACUUCCUGACGUCCCAAUACGUUUUUUACUUUUACUUUGGUUCUUUGGAAUGA